AGUCGUACGUACGCGUUAUCCGUACUCGCUUCAGAGAAAUAUUCACCUUGUACUUGUUUGAAUCCACUCAAGCCUCGCUAUCAUCGUAAGCCUCCAGCUGUUAUCAAAGCAGCUUCGAAAAAGCAUUUCAGUGUUUGAUUACGAGUUACGGCACGCACACUGUCUGUAGGUUUGCUCCGUCCACAGGCACUCCUCCAGCUCAUUCCGAUAUGGCCUGCCGCACUGUCCCGGUCGAGGAGCUCGUCGCCAAGGCGAAGGAAGAGUUCGAGCAGAAUUUUGGGACGCAACCCAACGUGGCCGCCUGCGCCCCUGGAAGGGUCAACCUCAUCGGAGAGCACACAGAUUACAACGAUGGCUUUGUGCUGCCAAUGGCUUUGCCGAUGGUGACCGUUAUCGUCGGCAGAUGCACCGACAACGGCGAGUGCACCAUUGUAGCCGCUGUACCUGAAGCAGAUGCGCCUCGAAAAGUGUCUUUCCACGUCCCGUCCAAGCAGCCAUUACUGCCUGGUUCUCCUAAAUGGGCCAAUUACGUCAAAGGAGUGAUCGCCAACUUUCACGCUACGGGUUUGAUUAGCGGGUUUGAGGCUGUGAUUCUCACUACGGUGCCCUUGGGCGGUGGUCUUUCCAGCAGCGCCUCUUUAGAAGUGGCUACCUACACUUUCUUAGAAGCUCUGACCAACAACAAGAGCAAAGAGUUGCAGGAUAAAGCUCUGGCUUGCCAAAAGGCCGAACAUAAUUUCGCCGGCGUGCCAUGUGGCAUUAUGGACCAGUUCAUUUCGGUAAUGGGAAAAACGGGCAAUGCACUCCUCAUUGACUGCAGAUCGCUGGUGGCUGAACUGGUUCCUCUGCAGGACCCAAAGGUCGCUAUUUUGGUCACAAACUCAAACGUUCACCACGACCUUGGCUCCAGCGAGUACCCUGUGCGCAGGAGUCAGUGCGAGGAGGCGGCUAGGCUGCUUCAGAAGCCGAGCCUCCGAACGGCAACCAUGCAAGAACUGACAUCGUUGGAGGGCACGAUGGACGAGGUGAUUUUUAGGAGAGCACGACACGUGAUUGGUGAAAUUUCAAGGACAGAGCAGGCUGCCCUUGCCCUGAGGGUUGGCGACUGUGAAUGGCUAGGAAGGCUCAUGAACGAGAGUCACGAUUCACUCAGGGAUGAUUAUGAAGUGUCAUGUGCAGAGCUAGACCAAUUGGUGGACUUGGCAAGAAAAGUCGACGGAGUAUUUGGAUCAAGGAUGACGGGCGGAGGUUUUGGCGGAUGCACUGUCACUCUGGUUAAAGAAAGCGAAGUUGAAAAGGUUAUUUCGCACAUCAACGAGAAAUACUCCAAAGAGGCUACUUUUUACGUCGCCACGCCAAGUGAGGGGGCUCGUAUUUUGAAGUUGUAAAACGCAUGAUUCAGUCAACAUAAUAAAUCACUUUGUAUUGAAUAUACUGCUAAACAAA